AUGGGUAUGUCAUUUUCGAAAAUGCUUGAUAAGCUAUGGUUUGGCAAGAAGGAGAUGCGAAUUCUUAUGGUCGGUCUCGAUGCUGCCGGAAAGACCACCAUCCUCUACAAACUGAAGCUUGGCGAGAUUGUCACAACCAUCCCCACCAUCGUCAGAAGAAAGAAAGAAAUACUGACUGGCGUAGGAUUCAACGUUGAGACCGUCGAGUACAAGAACAUUCAAUUCACCGUGUGGGAUGUCGGUGGUCAGGACAAGAUCCGACCACUGUGGAGACACUACUUCCAGAACACCCAGGGUAUCAUCUUCGUCGUCGACAGCAACGAUCGUGACCGUGUCGUCGAGGCCAGAGAAGAGUUGCAGAAGAUGCUCAACGAGGACGAACUACGGGAUGCUUUGCUUCUCGUUUUCGCCAACAAGCAGGAUCUCCCCAACGCCAUGAGCCCUGCCGAGAUCACCUCACAGCUUGGUCUACAGACCUUGACACGACGUGCCUGGUACAUCCAAUCUACCUGUGCCACCACCGGAGAUGGUCUCUACGAGGGCCUCGAAUGGCUCGCCGGCGCCCUGAAGAAGGCUGGUUACGAGUAA